AUGGGGUGGACACCACCGAUCUCGGCCAGGGAACGCAUCGGUGGAGUAGAAGAUGGGGUUGUCGGGCUGCUCGACGACGAGGAGAAAAGGAGGAGCCAGGGGCGCAGCUGUUCGUCAGCAAGCGUGGGUCCACCAAGAAGAAGCCUCCCGUCCCUCGCACUAAAAUUCACGAGCGACGACGAGACCAAAGGCGGAAUACCAGAAAGAGAUCGAUUCCCGAUAUCCGAUCAGGAGAAAAGUGAAUAUCUGGGCAACAGGAGCAGUGAUUUGUUGAACCUUGGCGGGCAGGGACCGGAGCAUGGAUCAGAUAACUGGUUCAACCAGCAGGCCGGCAAGGAGAUGAACAACGUCGGCGACGACCUCAAUAAUAUAUCGAACAGCAUCGGAGAUGGAGCCAAAUGGAUGGUCAACAAAAUCAAAGGGAAAAUGCAGAAACCAUUGCCUGAAUUCCUAAAGGAAUACGACCUUCCAAUGGGCCUCUUCCCACAAGACGCGACCAAUUAUGAAUUCGACGAGGAGACAAAGAAGCUCACGGUGUACAUGGCGUCCGCGUGCGAGGUCGGUUACAAGGAUUCAUCGGUGCUGCGCUUCUUCACCUGCGUCACCGGCAACCUGGACAAGAGGAAGCUGUCGGAGGUGGAGGGCAUCAAGACCAAGGUCCUCAUCUGGAUCAAGGUGACUGCCGUCAGGACGGAAGCCUCCAAGUUGCAUUUCUGUGUCAGCAUGAACAAGACCCGGGAUCGCGACGCCUACGAGCUUGUCAGGGAUGGUGUUUCCAUAGACAAGUUUUAGAUCAUACGGUGGCCCUGUUAAUUUCGACGCAACUCUGAGUGUGUGAAAAGCUUCCACCACUGUGAUGAUGUUGCUCCGUCUUUUUUUUUUUUUUGUUGCGACGAUGAUGUUGCUCCGUCUUGUGCGUAAGAGAAAAUUUAUUUAUUUAUUGCAGGAAAAACAGAUUUGUAAAUUAGUACUUAUUACUGUAUUAAGCAGCCAAUGGAAUUAACAAAAGAGUAUUUCUCGAUU